CCAUUCCUGCCUAGAAAACUGCGUGGAUUGUGGAGCCUGGCGGGCUACAGUCCGUGGGUUCUGGGAAGAGUCGAGCACAACUUAACGACGUGUUAUGCAGUAGUUCUUCAGGUCUUUCCAGGAAGAAGGAGUCUUGCUCCCGCCAGCCGGAAGGCGUCGCCCUCGUGCCCGAGCGGAGGCUCAGGCCAACGGGGCCGCUCCGCGCUGCUGCGUGCGCACGCGCAGAGGGCUCUUCCGGCGCCUGGCCGGGAUGCGGCUGUUAGGCUACGGGUUGAGGCUGUUCGAAGCUGGGUCUGGUUCUCGGGCUGUCACCCGGCUCCCUUUGGGCGCCGACAUGCCUAAGAAAGGUGGUGCGACGAACAAGGGUAAAAACCAGAGCAAGGAACCAGAGAGACCACUCCCUCCCUUAGGCCCUGUGACAGUUGAUCCUAAAGGUGGUGUCUGCAUAGCCAUCCAUGCCAAACCUGGUUCCAAACAAAAUGCUGUGACAGAUGUGACAGCCGAGGCUGUGAGUGUAGCCAUUGCAGCGCCUCCAACAGAGGGAGAGGCUAACGCGGAGCUGUGUCGCUAUCUUUCCAAAGUCUUAGAACUCAGGAAGAGUGAUGUGGUUUUGGAUAAGGGUGGUAAAUCUCGUGAAAAAGUGGUGAAGCUUUUGGCCUCCACACCUCCGGAAGAGAUCUUGGAGAAAUUGAAAAAGCAAGUUGAAAAGAAAUAAAAGCAAGAAACGAAAAGUAUGUCCUUGAGAAAAUUUUUUUUAUUGCUAAUGAUGGAGAGACUGUUAAAAUACACUUAAAUACAUAGAAUGUGUAAAUAUAUUUAAUAAGAACAGGACUCAAAAAAGAAGUAUGAAGAUUAAAAGUACUGGACAUGGAA